CGGCAACGUUUACCAGCACUGCAAAUUUGGCGUCUACGAAUUGCUGCAUUUUCUUUUUGCCACUUUGAAAUAGAGUUUUUCCGAUUUCCCAGCCAAACUAUGUCGCCUAAGACAAAGAAAAUGGUCGUCAAGAUCCCACGGCACCCGUACUUCAAUGUGCAGGGCGAGCGUAGCGUGGAACGUGAGGUAGAGUACCAGGUGCGAAAGUGUCGCGUGAAUCUGGAGCGCAUUAAAUCGUCGAGCACCCCGAAUUCUCGACCUUUCCCUUUGAAACCGAAGCCCAAAAGGUGCAUUGUCCGCGUGGCCCGGCUUCCGGACGUAGAGCGCAGCGAGAUUUCCGUGACCCCGGCCAGUUCCAUAAUGAACUCUGAUAUCGACGAGGGUAAGCGAAAAGGUAACUCCAGCGAAUAGAAGCAAACUAUGAACGGUCCUAAUCAUCGCCCAUCCUAUUCUAAGAUAUAUUGGUUUCUCCUAUCUGGUUAACUAUAAGAUCAAUAAACGCAUCCAGUAAUCAUACUCCUAUUAACCGGAAGAAGUCAUUAAUUUUACUUAACGUAAUAAUACAAAAUCAUGACGAUUAUUUUACCAUAAAAUAUGUGUACGAAUUGCACCCUCGCUUGUGCUAAUGAUACUCGAUUCAUUAAAUAAAAUUCGUCAAC